AGUAGCUGAGACUACAGUUGCCUGACACUGUGCCUGGCAGAGAAAAAAGCUUAAAAAAAUAAGAACAUGGUAAUGAUUUGAUAAUAUUCAGUUACGUUUACUUGUGAUUCUUGUAAUUCAAGAAAACUCAAUUUUGCGUUUGAUCUUUUCUCACAGCUACCUAUAUAUUUCUUCCCAAUUUAAAAUAUAUUAUUUUAUUUUAUGCCUAGCAAACAUCUUAUCCUUACAGUAUAAAUAUUUGUGCUCAUGAAAGUACAGUAGCCAGUUAUUUCUUAGGCAGAAUUUUUUCCCUAUAUUUUGAUGGGCUUCCAAAAGUAUUACCAGUAAUUCUCAGUAAUUACAAUUAGGUCAGUUACUCAGGAAAAGGUAAGUGUAACAUUCUUUGGACUACCAAUUUUCUUUUACUAAGUUUCCUCAACACUUAAUAUUUUUGAAAUAUAAUGUAUUAAUAGAAUCCUGGAGUACUUCCGCUAUUUCCAGUCAAUGCAAGUUGGAAUACUUCCACUUUAUGCUAAAAAUAUAAAUGUUUCUUUUUCACUUGGGUUCUUGUUAAGUGUGAUUCUGAUAAUGUAUACAAUCACAUAUCUCAUUUUUAGGUUUCCAUAUUUUCAUGAAAAUUUGAUUUUUAAGCGUUAAAUUUCAACAACCUGGUAAAGUAAUCCUUCCAUUCAGGUUUGUUCAAGGAAUCUAUUUAAAAACGUUUUCCUCAAAUUAUAGCUGAAUCAGAAAGUUUAAAUUAUUCUAUUAUAUGAUAUGUCAAAAAAGAGAAACUCCUCGAGAGACAUCCCCCAUGAUAGGUGUAUUGGGGGAACAGUAAUCUCAAAGCAGAUGCACUAAAAUUAUAAGAUUAAAAUCAUUGUUUACAGAAACUUCCAAUUCAUUUAAAAGCUCAUUGGGGGAAAAAAAAAAAGCUCAUUGGGUGGAAAAAAAAAAAAAAAAGCUCACUGAAGUUUCUUCUAAAGCGAAUACUGUAGAUUUCCAUCCCCUUUUGAAGAACAGUAGGUGGAGCUAUUUAAGAUAUAAAAACGAAAUACCCUUUCUGGAAGUUCAAGAUUGUGCAGUAAUUGGUUAGGACUCUGAGCGCCGCUGUUCACCAAUCGGGGAGAGAAAAGCGGAGAUCCUGCUCGCCUUGCACGCGCCUGAAGCACAAAGCAGAUAGCUAGGAAUGAACCAUCUCUGGGACUAUGAGGAAACAACGGAGGAGCUCUGACUUCCAAACUGUCCCAUUCUAGGGGCGAAAGAACUGCUCCUGACUUCAGUGAUUAAGGGCACAAUUGAAAAUAAUUCUGGAGGAAGAUGAGAAUGAUUCCUGAGCGACCGCACCGGGACUGCAAAGAUCUGGUCCUGCUGGGAAUCCUCCUGGGGAUUCUGUGGGAGACCAGAUGCACCCAGAUACGCUAUUCAGUUCCGGAAGAGCUGGAGAAAGGCUCUAGGGUGGGCGACAUCUCCAAGCACCUGGGGCUGGAGCCCCGGGAGCUGGCGGAGCGCGGAGUCCGCAUCGUCCCCAGAGGUAGAACGCAGCUUUUCGCCCUGAACCCGCGCAGCGGCAGCUUGGUCACGGCGGGCAGGAUAGACCGGGAGGAGCUCUGUAUGGGGGCCAUCAAGUGUCAAUUAAAUCUAGACAUUCUGAUUGAGGAUAAAGUGAAAAUAUAUGGAGUAGAAGUAGAAGUAAGGGACAUUAACGACAAUGCGCCUUAUUUUCGUGAAAGUGAAUUAGAAAUAAAAAUCAGUGAAAACGCAGCCACUGAUACGCGGUUCCCUCUACCCCACGCCUGGGAUCCGGAUAUUGGGAAGAACUCUCUCCAGAGCUACGAGCUCAGCCCGAAUACUCACUUCUCCCUGAUCGUGCAAAAUGGAGCCGACGGUAGUAAGUACCCCGAAUUGGUGCUGGAACGCGCCCUGGACCGUGAAGAAAAGGCUGCUCACCACCUGGUCCUUACGGCCUCGGAUGGGGGCGAUCCGGUGCGCACAGGCACCGCGCGCAUCCGCGUGAUGGUUCUGGAUGCGAAUGACAACGCGCCAGCGUUUGCCCAGCCCGAGUACCGCGCGAGCGUUCCGGAGAAUCUGGCCGUGGGCACGCAGCUGCUUGUAGUCAACGCUACCGACCCUGACGAAGGAGUCAAUGCGGAAGUGAGGUAUUCCUUCCGGUAUGUGGACGACAAGGCGGCCCAAGUUUUCAAACUAGAUUGUAAUUCAGGGACCAUAUCAACAAUAGGGGAGUUGGAUCACGAGGAGUCAGGAUUCUACCAGAUGGAAGUGCAAGCAAUGGAUAAUGCAGGAUAUUCUGCGCGAGCCAAAGUCCUGAUCACUGUUCUGGACGUGAAUGACAACGCCCCAGAGGUGGACCUCACCUCUCUCGCCAGCUCGGUUCCCGAAAACUCUCCCAGAGGGACAUUAAUUGCCCUUUUAAAUGUAAAUGACCAAGAUUCUGAGGUAAACGGACAGGUGAUCUGUUUCAUCCAAGGAAAUCUGCCCUUUAAAUUAGAAAAAUCUUACGGAAAUUACUAUAGUUUAGUCACAGACAUAGUCUUGGAUAGGGAACAGGUUCCUAGCUACAACAUCACAGUGACCGCCACUGACCGGGGAACCCCGCCCCUAUCUACGGAAAUUCACAUCUUGCUGAACGUGGCAGACACCAACGACAACCCGCCGGUCUUCCUUCAGGCCUCCUAUUCCGCUUAUAUCCCAGAGAGCAAUCCCAGAGGAGCUUCCCUCGUCUCCGUGACCGCCCACGACCCCGACUGUGAGGAGAACGCCCAGAUCACUUAUUCCCUGGCUGAGGACACCGUCCAAGGGGCACCCCUAUCGUCCUACGUGUCCAUCAACUCCGACUCUGGGGUACUGUAUGCGCUGAACUCCUUCGACUACGAGCAGUUGCGAGACUUGCAAGUGAAAGUGAUGGCGCGGGACAACGGGCACCCGCCCCUCAGCAGCAACGUGUCGUUGAGUCUGUUUGUGCUGGACCAGAACGACAAUGUGCCCGAGAUCCUGUACCCCGCCCUCCCCACAGACGGUUCCACUGGCGUGGAGCUGGCGCCCCGCUCCGCAGAGCCCGGCUACCUGGUGACCAAGGUGGUGGCGGUGGACAGAGACUCGGGCCAGAACGCCUGGCUGUCCUACCGCCUGCUCAAAGCCAGCGAACCGGGGCUCUUCGCGGUGGGUCUGCACACGGGCGAGGUGCGCACAGCGCGAGCCCUACUGGACAGAGAUGCACUCAAGCAGAGCCUCGUGGUGGCCGUCCAGGACCACGGCCAGCCCCCUCUCUCGGCCACCGUCACGCUCACGGUGGCCGUGGCCGACAGCAUCCCCAAAGUCCUGGCGGACCUCGGCAGCCUCGAGUCUCCAGUUAAUUCUGAAACCUCAGACCUUACGCUGUACCUGGUGGUGGCGGUGGCCGCGGUCUCCUGCGUCUUCCUGGCCUUCGUCAUCGUGUUGCUGGCGCUCAGGCUGCGGCGCUGGCACAAGUCACGCCUGCUGCAGGCUUCAGAAGGCGGCUUAACAGGAGCCCCGGCGUCGCACUUCGUAGGCGUGGACGGGGUGCAGGCUUUCCUGCAGACCUAUUCCCACGAGGUCUCCCUCACCGCGGACUCGCGCAAGAGUCACCCGAUCUUGCCCCAGCCCAACUAUGCAGACACGCUCGUCAGCCAGGAGAGCGGUGGAAAAAGCGAGUCCCUUUUUCUGUCAGGUGAUUUGGUAUUUUCUAAGGACAGUCGUGCGUUAAUUCAGCACGCUGGAAUGCAGCGGCACGAUCAUAGCUCACUGCAGACUCAAACUCCUAGGCUCAAGCAAUUCUCCCGCCUUCUCCUCCGGUGUAACAGGGACUACAGUUGCAAGCCACAGCCCUGCUAUCUAUCUGUCUAUCUAUCUGUCUGUCUAUCUAUCUAUCUAUCUAUCUAUCUAUCUAUCUAUCUAUCGAUCUAUCUAUCUAUUACUGUCUUGUAG